GCCGCCUGCCGCCGAGGCUGCUAAGUGGCUGCCAGGGUUCUGGUCUUCGCCGGCGCUCCCUGGCUUCUGGGUCCGCUGGCUCGUGGCGCAUGGGCCUGCUCCGAGGCUGGCCCACAUGCGCUCGGGCCAUGGCGCGCCUGGGUCCUGUGCGCUCCCACUACUGCGCCCUGCUGCUGGCUGCGGCGCUUGCCGUCUGUGCUUUCUACUACCUAGGCUCGGGCCGGGAGACCUUCUCCAGCGCCACCAAGAGGCUGAAGGAGGCCCGCUCAGGGGUACCCGCCGCGCCCUCGCCGCCAGCGCCGGAGGUGAUGCGGGGCUUGGUGGCAACUGCCCCCGGCGCCAAGGGCAAGAGCCUGGAGGGUGGGGGAGCCGGGCCGGUGGACUACCACCUGCUGAUGAUGUUCACCAAGGCAGAGCACAACGCCGCGUUGCAGGCCAAGGCCCGUGUCGCUCUUCGCUCGCUGCUGCGCCUCGCCAAGUUCGAGACGCACGAGGUGCUUAACCUUCACUUCGUGAGCGAGGAAACCAGCCGCGAGGUGGCCAAGGUCCUGCUGCGGGAGCUCCUGCCGCCCGCCGCGGGCUUCAAGUGUAAGGUCAUCUUCCACGAUGUCGCCGUGCUGACGGACAAGCUGUUCCCCGUGGUGGAGGCCAUGCAGAAGCACUUCAGUGCCGGCUCAGGGACCUACUACAGCGACUCCAUUUUCUUCCUCUCCAUUGCCAUGCAUCAGAUCAUGCCCAAAGAGAUCCUUCGAGUCAUUCAGGUGGACCUCGACCUGAAGUACAAGACCAACAUCCGGGAGCUGUUUGAGGAGUUUGACAAUUUCCUGCCAGGCGCUGUCAUCGGCAUAGCCCGAGAGAUGCAGCCAGUGUAUAGGCACACAUUCUGGCUGUUCCGCCGUGAGAACCCCAAGACCAGGGUUGGGGACCCACCCCCUGAGGGGCUGCCUGGCUUCAACAGUGGGGUGAUGCUGCUGAACCUGGAAGCCAUGCGCCAGUCCCCACUCUACAGCCGCCUGCUGGAGCCGGCCCAGGUACAGCAGCUGGCAGACAAGUACCACUUCCGCGGCCACCUGGGGGACCAGGACUUCUUCACCAUGAUCGGCAUGGAGCACCCUGAGCUGUUCCACGUGCUGGACUGCACCUGGAACCGGCAGCUUUGCACCUGGUGGAGGGACCACGGCUACAGUGACGUCUUUGAGGCCUACUUCCGGUGCGAGGGCCACGUCAAGAUCUAUCACGGGAACUGCAACACUCCUAUCCCCGAGGAUUAGCUACAUUCUCGUCUGCCCUGCCCUCAGGGCCUCUGGAUCUGGGGGAAGGGCGGGGGCUCAUGGGGGCCAGUGUCUGAACUGCUAGGGAGACACUGGAGGGAGUCCUCUGAGACCAGGGUGCUGUGAUCUCCCACCUAGUGGGUCACUGCCCAGAGGCCACCCAAUGAGCACCAGCCCAUGCAUUGCUGGUGCUUGGGAUGUUUUUCCUUGGGAGGCAGGUGUCGUGAAGGACAAACACGUAGCCAUCUUCUCGUGCACUAGGAGGCAAGCACUUGAAGAGAGGGAAGGACAGAAAACGGUGCCCCUUGCUGUCCACCCCCAAGGAAUGGAAAUCCUUUUAAGAACCAGCCUUUCUUAAAAUUUGGACCAAUUUCAAUUUAGUUUAAAUUGACAGGCUUCCAUUUUGCAAGAAUGAAUAUACAAUACCGCUUUAGCUCCCAGAGUUUAAGCUUCCAGACAAACGUGGACCUUCCACACACGCACUCUGGGAGGCUGUGCGCACAUUCUCAUGAAGCUCACAGCUCUGGGUGUGGGUUUGAAGUUCGCUGCCUCUUUGAGAAGACCGUCAGGGCCACCUGGGGCCAACAUAAGAAAACUAGUCUCAUUAUUGUAGCAUUCACAGCUUUUAUCUCCCAACUACAUCACAGAAUGCCGUUAUCCCUUAUUUGUUCAACCCAGUUCUUGGUGACCAGACUGUAGUCAGGAAUCAAAUCCCCCAUCAAAGAACAGAGCUUGGCCACUGCCAAGAAUGUGUGCUAGGAUUGUCUGGACUGGGAAGACUUAUUCCACAGCAGAGCCCAAUGUUCACAGGUGUGACUGUGUGGGCUAGGAAGGGGCUUUGCUCAUAGCCUCUAGGUUCUUUGUUUUAAAAAAAAAUCAUCCUCGUUACUUUCUUAUUGUGCCACAUCAGACCCUAUACCUCAGUAGAUAUGAAAGUGUCAUGUCUUUGUUUCUUUUGGUGGAAUUUCCUGUAAGUAAGCUGCAAAUGUGAACCCCCCUGGUAGCCCAUUUGUAUGGUCCUGUUGAGGUCCUUGGGGGAGAAAUGGUGCAGGUUUUUCAUCUUAUUUUGUUUCAAGUUCAUUUGCUUUUUUAUUUUGUUUUACUAUGAGAAUAGCUAAUAAAUGUUCUUCGAGGACACAAUGAUUCAUGUUGUUUGUUCUCUGAUCAUGGUGUUCAGCUACAUAAAAGUUCUCAAUCAAGAGUGUAAUCAGGGGUGGCGCCUGUGGCUCAAGGAGUAGGGCGCCGGUCCCAUAUGCCGGAGGUGGCGGGUUCAAACCCAGCCCCGGCCAAAAAAAAAAAAACACCAAAAAAAAAAAGAGUGUAAUCAAUGCCUUUAAUACUCCCCCCACCCCCAUGAAUAAGCGAGGUGUGCUCCUGGGAGUUCUGAGGACCACAGGGAGGCAGGUGGAAUGUAUUAUCAUUUUUGGCCUCAUUCUAGGCAUGGUGAGUCCAUCUGCACCUGGGAACAACAACCCCAUCUCUUCUCAUCUUUCUUACCCCAGACUGGCCAGUUCCUUGACCCUCAGCUAUGACAGAAUUGGUCUGUUCUCUUUCUUAUGUAAUUUCCUAUUUACAGCUAACAGCGAUUGAAUGUUUGCUGUGUGCCAACCAUUGUAGUGGGGUAUCUAUAUACAUUUUUAAACCACGCCCCUUCUCCCCAGUUCCAGGUAAGUAUCAUCCUGGCCUUUCUAUAGGGCUUGGCUGGCUGUGGUUGACAUUAGCUAUAAGAAAAUGUAAUCUAGGCUAAGUUGGCUCUGGGGCUUCUGCUUUCCCUUUGGAUGACCUAGUUCUCUA